CCAGCUGAUCCCCAAACAACAGCUCAAGCCGUACGGCGCGUUCAUCCCUCGUUAGCCCCCAGUGGAAAAAAAACUGCCUCCGCCUCACUGGGAUUUUCCUCUCGGCUGAUUUUUAACGGCCUCUGGGAUUCAAGGUGCUUGUUAGCGACAGCUUUGAACCCGCGUGGAUGACUUGGGAAAUGCCCAGCCGCGUGUUGCGCUUUGCUGUCGACAGCGCGGCGCGUUGGAUACCGCAGUGAGUUGAGGAUCAAAAAGGGAAUGCAACAGAGGCGAGCUCACUCCCGGACCGGUACUCUCUGACGGAGGCCAAACUCUGAGGUGGAGGAGGCUGUAAAGAGGCCCUGAAGGAGCCUCCACACCCUCCCUGCCUGACCAGCCGGUCCAUCGGACGGCAAUGGCUCCGCGGAAACGUGGCGGCGACGGCGGCGGUCUGUCUUUUAUCUUCUGCUGUUUUAACAGCAACGAUCACCCGGAGAUCACCUACAGGCUCAGGGAGGACUUCGCCCUGCAGACCAUGGAGCCGGCACUGCCGAUGCCCGGAUACGAUGAGCUGGACGGCAUGUUCUCCGAGUUGGUGGAUGAGCUCGACCUUUCGGAGAAGCACAGGGAAGCCAUGUUCGCUCUGCCCGCAGAGAAGAAAUGGCAAAUCUACUGCAGCAAAAAGAAGGAACAAGAAGAAAACAAAAGUGCGACUAGUUGGCCAGAAUACUACAUCGAUCAACUCAAUUCAAUGGCAGCUAGAACGACGCUGCUCGCUCUGGAGAAGGAAGACGAGGAAGAGAGGAACAAAACCAUCGAGAGCUUGAAGACGGCUCUGAGGACACAACCCAUGAGGUUUGUGACCCGUUUCAUCGACCUGGACGGCCUCACGUGUAUCCUAAACUUCCUGAAGAGCAUGGACUACGAGACCACAGAAUCGCAGAUCCACACGUCCCUAAUCGGCUGCAUCAAGGCUCUGAUGAACAACUCGCAGGGCCGCGCCCACGUCCUCUCUCACUCCGAGAGCAUCAACAUCAUCGCUCAGAGCCUGGCCACGGAGAACAUCAAGACCAAGGUGGCGGUGUUGGAGAUCAUGGGCGCCGUGUGUCUCGUGCCCGGCGGACACAAAAAGAUCCUGGAGGCCAUGAUGCACUACCAACGCUUCGCCUGCGAGAGGACACGAUUUCAGACACUUAUAAACGAUCUGGACCGAAGUACAGGGCGCUACAGAGAUGAGGUCAACCUGAAAACAGCCAUCAUGUCCUUUAUAAAUGCUGUGCUGAGUCAAGGCGCUGGAGAGACAAGUUUGGAAUUCCGUAUCCAUCUACGAUACGAGUUUCUCAUGUUGGGGAUCCAGCCGGUGAUCGAUAAGCUACGCUCUCAUGAAAACUCCACAUUAGACAGGCAUUUAGACUACUUUGAGAUGCUACGGAACGAGGAUGAGCUGGCUUUGUCAACACGUUUUGAGUCGGUACAUAUAGACACCAAGAGUGCCAACCAAGUUUUUGAUCUCAUCCGCAAGAAGAUAAACCACACUGAUGCACACCCGCACUUUAUGUCUGUCCUGCAUCACUGUCUCCUCAUGCCACACAAGAGGAGUGGAAACACGGUGCAGUACUGGCUGCUGUUGGAUCGCAUAGUCCAGCAGAUGGUCUUGCAGAACGACAAAGGUCACGACCCCGACGUCACACCACUGGAGAACUUUAACGUGAAGAAUGUUGUCCGGAUGCUGGUCAAUGAAAAUGAGGUCAAACAGUGGAAAGAGCAGGCAGAGAAAAUGAGGAAAGAGCACCAUGAGCUGCAGCAGAAGUUCGAUAAGAAGGAGCGUGAAUGUGACGCCAAGACUCAGGAGAAAGAGGACAUGAUGCAGACGCUCAACAAGAUGAAAGAGAAGCUGGAGAAGGAGAGCAGCGAGCACAAGAACGUCAAACAGCACGUGGCCGAGCUCAGCGCCCAGCUGCACGAACUCAACACCAGACGGGCAGCUGUUGUUCCUGGAGGCCCUCCCCUCGGCCCCCCCGGCGGCCCUCUGCCUCCUCCACCCAUACCAUCUUUUGGAGGUAUGUGCCCACCUCCCCCGCCGCCCCCUGGGGGCAUGAUGCCUCCUCCACCUCCCCCACCACCUCCUCCGGGGGGACCCCCUCCUCCUCCUGGACGCCCACCCAUUGGAGGAAUGCCUCCCCCGCCGGGCGCACCCCUUGGAUCGUCCCUGAAGAUGAAGAACAUUCCCCAGCCAUCCAACGCACUCAAGUCCUUCAACUGGGUCAAGUUAGCUGAGAAUAAACUGGAGGGCACCGUCUGGAUGGAGGUGGACGAUGCAAAGGUUUUCAAAAUCCUGGAUCUGGAGGACAUUGAAAAGACUUUCUCGGCCUAUCAGAGACAGCAGGACUUUAUGAUCAAUAACAGCAAACAGAAAGAGGCAGAAGACGACACGCUGAGCUCUAAAAAGGUCAAGGAGCUGUCCGUCAUCGACGGCCGGCGAGCUCAAAACUGCAACAUCCUCCUCUCGCGGCUGAAACUGUCUAAUGAGGAGAUGAAGAGAGCCAUCCUGACCAUGGACGAGCAGGAAGACCUUCCCAAAGACAUGCUGGAGCAGCUGCUGAAGUUUGUCCCAGAGAAGAGCGAUGUGGAUCUUCUGGAGGAGCACAAACAUGAGCUCGACCGCAUGGCCAAACCCGACCGCUUCUUUUAUGAGAUGAGCAGAAUAAACCACUACCAGCAGAGGCUGCAGUCGUUAUACUUCAAGAAGAAGUUUGCCGAGAGGAUAGCUGAGAUCAAACCCAAAGUGGAAGCUCUCACCAGAGCGUCUAAGGAGAUUCUGCACAGCAGGAACCUGAAGCAGCUGCUGGAGGUGGUGCUGGCCUUCGGAAACUUCAUGAACAAAGGUCAGAGGGGCAACGCGUACGGCUUCAAGGUGUCUUCGCUCAACAAGAUCGCCGAUACCAAAUCCAGUAUCGACAAAAACAUCACCCUGCUGCACUAUCUGAUCACCAUCCUGGAGAAGAAAUACCCCAAAGUCCUGAUGUUCCAGCAGGACCUGCAGAGUCUCUCCGAGGCGGCCAAAGUCAACAUGACGGAGCUGGAGAAGGAUAUCGGCAACAUGCGCAGCGGCUUAAGAAGCGUGGAGAGCGAGCUGGAAUAUCAAAAGAAGCGGCCGCAGGAGCUCGGCGACAAGUUUGUGUCGGUCGUGAGUCAGUUCAUCACCGUGGCCAGCUUCAGCUUCUCCGACGUGGAGGACUCCCUCGGCGAGGCCAAGGAACUGUUCCUGAAGGCAGUAAAGCACUUUGGCGAGGAUGCCAGCAAGAUGCAGCCAGAUGAGUUCUUUGGCAUCUUUGACCAGUUCCUGCAGUCGUUCGCCGAGGCGCAGCAGGAGAACGAGAACUUGAGAAAACGCAAAGAGGAGGAGGAGCGCAGGGCCAAAAUGGAAGCUCAGCUGAAGGAGCAGAGGGAGAAGGAGCGAAAGAACCGGAAGGCGAAGGCCAACGGGGAGGACGACGACGGCGGCGAGUUCGACGACUUGGUGUCGGCGCUGAGGUCGGGCGAGGUCUUCGACAAGGACUUAUCCAAGAUGAAGCGCAACCGCAAGCGCAUCAACAACCAGAGCACGGACGCGAGCAGAGAGCGACCGGUCACGAAGCUCAACUUCUAAGCGGAGUGGGGGGGGGGGGGGAGGGGGGGUUGAGCUCAUCUUCCUCGUUUUUUUCUCGCUCGCCCGCCCUGCUCGUCAUUAGUUUCCCUCUGGGUCGGACUGACAUGCACAUUCCUCUGGACCCUCCUCCGUUCCCAGCCGACUCGGCCUUGCAUCAUCGCUGCAGAGCCACACACACACACACACACACACACACAGCACAACGUGACCAACAUCAGACCUUUCAUCUCUCUGGGAUUGUGUUGUUGAAACGGAGAAGAAGCCAAAACUUGUUGACGACCAAAUCCGAUGAUCGGUUCGGUCCAACGAGAUGUUUUAAGCUGUUGCACAAGAGCCGGACGUCCUCUACGUCCCCAAGUCUCCCUCCAGGUGUAAGAGAUGCUCACGCUAGUUCGAUAGGAACCGGGCCACGCUGUUUUUGUACGUCUGAAUCUAUGCACAGAGCGAAAUGUGCAGCUAUUGGACUCCGUCAGAGCUUGAUGCUCGACACCCCCACCCCCCCCAGGAGGAUGAUUCCAUUACAAACACAAGGGGCCAUUUUGUACGGACUGAUUUCAUAGAUUGAGAGCGGCUGCGUUCGUGCCCGAGUUGUCCCGGGAGACCGUUUGGAGAAAAGACUGAAGCUGAACUUCCCGUGGACCCCGCUGUCCCCUGCAGUCAGAACCGUCACAGGACUGAGACACUGGGUUGUUUGACAGACGUGGUUUUGGACGGCAAGGGACGCGGCUCAGAAGUUUCUUUUCUAUUCAUCAUUAUUGACAUGCAGCAUUUAUAUAUCUGAUCACUGUAUGUUUUAUCUGAACAUGUUCCUGUUAAGAGCUGGCCUUAACUCUGUUGUUCUAUUCGUUGAGUGGGUACUCUCCAAGGCCUGGGCCGAAUCUCUACAAGUGUGGACACAUGUCAUAGAUUACACAUAUAUAUAUAUAUAUAUAUAUAUAAGGUUGCGUGCUUGUUACACAUGCACAUAUACAUUCAUAAUUACUAUGCUAAAUGCUAUUAAAACAAGACUCAGUCGAUGCAAUACACUUGCUUCCCCCUCUGAAGGGAGUGCCCUCCUCUAAGUUUUCAUUGAAUUGAUGGAAUAUGUCUUGUGUACACUGGCUGGAUUCACACCGCGAACAGAUGGACACAAUCGCCUGAUUUUAAACUGUGAUGUUUUCAUUAUUGUAGAAACACUCACAAGUUGGAAACGUCGCACGCGGACGUGAAAGCUUCGGCUUUAAUGCGUCCGCUCGGCCGUGUGAAUCCAUCCAGCGUCGAACGCCUCCAUUGGAUUUUUAUAAUUUAAAUAUUGCUUUCUAUUGUACAAUGACCUGAUGGAAAUAAAUAGGAGAAACAGC